AUGGACAGAGCCGUACAGCAGACUGACUACGAUGCAUUUUCCUGCAAAAUUAGCGCCAUUGCCAAAAAAUAUUUACCAUGCCAGAAACAGGUAGAGUAUUGCGGUAUGGAAGAUUACGCUGCACUGCACAUGGCAUAUGGUCAAGGACUGAAAGCCCUCAGCCGAAGAGCUUACGGAAAAAUCCAAAAGGCUGUGAAUUCCGGGCUUCCGCUGAUGAACUAUGGUACCUACCUAAGAACGUUAGCAGUAGACGUCGAGAUUAUGUCUUUUUUGAAACAGGUGCCGAAGAAUUCCAAAGUACAAAUCGUCAAUCUGGGUUGCGGUUCAGAUCUUAGAAUGAUACAUUUCAUGUCACAAUACCCGCAACUGACGUGGGUUGAUUUGGACUACUCAGAGUCUGUAUCUGUGAAGGCCAAGAUUUUGAAAAGCAAUGAUUGUUUUUUAAAAACAUUAGGCCCUCCUCAAAACACGGAUGAUGCAGAGUAUGUUUCUGAUCGAUAUCUUUUGCGAAGCUGCAACCUCAACAUUGUCGAAAAUCUUCUUGAUAUUCUCAAAGAAUUCACUUAUCCGGACGUACAAACUCUAGUUUUGACAGAAUGUGUACUAUGCUAUGUGAAGCUACCACAAUCUCAACGUUUGAUACAUGAAAUGAUGUCUUUUUAUCAAACUGGCACCUGGGUAUCAUACGACCCCAUUGGUGGAGAAAAGAAGGCCGAUAAAUUUGGGUCUAUCAUGCAGGCCAAUCUACGAGAAGCACGACAGCUGGAACUUCCUACCUUGAUGGUUUUUAAUUCCCCAGCAAAGUACUCUCAAAGGUUCGAGGACAACUCAAAAAGUACGGAGAUUCGAACAAUGUGGCAGUAUUAUGUCCAGGAGAUAACAGAUGUGGAGAAAAAUCGACUCAAAUCACUUCAAUUUCUAGAUGAAAUCGAGGAAGUAGAAAUUGUUCUUUCUCAUUACGUUUUGUUGAAAGCUAUAUGGUAA